AACUACAAGCGCGUAUAUAUUAACCUACAUCACCUGUUUCUCGAUCGUAUUUUGAUUUUUCUGAUUCUGAUAAGAAGCAGCAAGCCCUAUUCCCAACCCUAACCCUAAUUUUACGGUACUUUCGGGUUCUUUCUUCAGAUUCUUUUCGAAAUUGAUAAAGAUUUUUUUUUGCUGUAUUUGGGGUGGAUUGCUGCUAAGGGUUUUCCAUCUUUCACAUAUAAGAUGCACUUCCGGCUAUCAUUUUACCAUAAUGCAGUAUUUGAGUUGGAUAUUGAUUAUAUAUGGACACCAAGCGGUUCAUCCAGCUUGUUGAGGAGAAAAAGAAGAAAAUUUUGGAGAAAAAGGAAGCUCCUUUGAAGUGGGAGCAGAAGCUGGAAGCUGCUUCCAGAGCAAAGGCUGAUGCUGAAGCUAAAGAGAAGAAGCUGAAGGCUGCAAAACAUAAGAAGAGAUCGACCUCUGAUACUGAAAGUGAUCAUGACACUGAUGAUGAGAGUAAAAGGGCUAGUAAAAGAUCUCAUAGGAAGCACAAGAAGCAUUCUCACAUUGAAUCCGGUGAUCGUGAAAAAAGGAAAGAGAAAAGUUCCAAGCGGAAGACAAAGAAGCGGUCUUCAGAGUCUAGCGAUUUCAGUAGUGAUGGCUCCGUGAGUAGCUCUGAGGAGGAGAGGAGGAGGAAGAAGAGGCAAAGAAAGAAGAUAAGAGAUCAAGGUUUAAGAUCAGAUUCCAGUGGUUCUGAUUCUUAUGCUGAUGAAGCCAACAAGAGAAAAAGGCGGCACAAGCGGCGACAUCCAUCAAAAUUUAGUGAUACAGACUUAUCUAGUGACGAAGGAGAUUUUCCAGAUCGGAAGAGAGGUCAUGGAAAGCAUUACAAUCGCCGCCGCCACUCGGAAUCUAGUGAAUCUGAUUUGUCAAGUGAUGAAAGUGAUGAUAUUCACAGGAAGAAAAGCCACAGAAGGCGCCAUAAGCAUCAUAGGCGUUCACAUAAUACAGAGGUGAGGUCAUCUGAUUCUGAUUAUCAUGGGCAUGGUGGAAAAUACAGAUCAUAUGAGAAGUCCUCAGAUGAAAAUUCUGAAGAAGAAAGCAGAAGAUCAGUGCAUAAACGGCCUGGACAUCAUCACCACCAUCACCAUCACCACCAUUUCAAUAAAUACGAACCCUGCUUGGAGGAUGAGAGAAAUCACUCACUCCACCUCUCACCGAAAACCAAUGGAAAGCAUGUGGAGGAAUUUGCUAAAACUGGAGCUUAGAGAAAAGACUGGUCAUCAUGAAGGUAGACGUAUGCCUGAGAAUAUUUGCUGGUGGAAUUGCUUGAUUUAUAAUAAAUAUGAUCUGUUACAUGUUAAGAAAACAUGUUUGGUUACAGUUUAUCAUUGGUCUUCAUGGGAUUUGGUUGUGCCUAUCCAGUAGUUAUUCCAAAGUGAACAAUUUUCAUCAUUGAUGUCUGUUGUGAUGUCGGUAGUAUUAUUGAUUAUGAAAACUGAUCUUGAACUAUUAUUGUUCGUGGCACUAAUUUAAUUCUCUUAUUAUUCA